GCUGAUGGAGAGCUGCCUAUACAUAAAAUAUUUUUAAAGCAACAUUUCUCUAAAGUAGCAUAUACACGUUUAUUAGGAAUAACGUCGUUUCCUGAUCGGAUCAGCUUUCUCUUGCAUCCUCCUCCUCCAAGUCACGACCUUUGACAACGCCACCGUAGCAACCAUUCUGAGGAAUGGCCAAAAACGUAGUCCCCGCAGAAAAAUCUCAGAGCCGGAAAGGAAGAGCAACAUUUGCUGCGCCAGUGCGCACGCGCAGACCCGAGAUUCGGCGGUUCUCUGCCCCUGUUGGCCUCUGGCCCUGCCCUUCGCUUCCAGGACAAGCGAUGCGAGCGAAGCUGUCAGCGGAGGGUCGUGCCGCUGCUGCCUGGACUCGGGGGAGAGAAGCAGACGCGGUGAACUUUAGCGGGCGAAAGAGCUUUGUUUCUGCGGCAAUUGCCGUGCAAGGACUGCAAGCUUAGAGAAGGGAGGAAGCGACUGUCUCACCGGUGAGUGGCUUCUUGGCUCCUCACAGACCGGGAUAUGGCCAACAUAGUGACACAACAUGGAAAUAUAAGGAUCAUCACGCAAGUAGUCCCACAGGCAGGCUCCCUGUCAACACAAACAGAUGCAGUCAGGGUGGCUGACUCUACUUCUGGGGCAUCUAAGUUCAUACCAACCCAAAACAAAAAUAUCAAGAAUACUUUGCUCAAAGUGAUUGGGAUCAUACAGAUUGUUUGGGGGGCUACACAGGUGAGCUUUGGCACAGCCAUGACAAUAUUUCAACGAAGCUUCACCAUCACUGUGCAAAGUGGCGUUCACUUUUGGAUUGGGAUCCUGCUCUUGAUCUCUGGGUCCUUCUUGGUGGAAAUUGAGAAAAGACGACUUGUAUGGCUGGUGAAAUCCGCUUUCUUUGCCAACUUGCUAGUUUGUGUGGCUGGACUGGUUGCAAUAAUCCUACAUGCUACUGAGAUUGCACAAACUGUUGAAGAAGGAAACCCAUGUGUCUUGAACAUCAUUGAUUCGUAUUACUGUCACAAUUAUAAUCAGGUGCUAUCAUAUGGCCUGAACUCUGUGUUCAUCAUCGUUUUGCUCCUUGAAGUGUCCUUAGCUAUCACUGCCCUGAUUAGGUUCAGAUCUCAAAACCAACAGGACUAUCAACAAAUGGUAUCAUGAAGACAAGUGGUUUCUCUUCUCCUGUCACACAAUAUUGAAUGCUUAGGUGCUUUCCUGGCUUCAAGCUAUAAGAGUGUGAACCUCCUGUCGUCUCUUUACCUUCCCACGUUAGGCUACAAGCAUCAAAAGAAGAAGCUACUGCUAAACCCCGAAGAUCUGCAUUAUAUGCCUCAACCUAGAAAUGGAGAGCAAGCUUUCUCUUUGUUUAUUAUGAGCUUCUGCUAUAUAGGACUGCCACAAGUUAUCCCAAAUACGAGGCCUCUCCCCACUCCAUGCAUUAUGAAACAUCCUUGUAUUUUCGUCACCUUGCAUGUCCUGAAAAGCACCAUUCAUGGUGUGUGGUGAGGGCUUCUCAAUGAAGAUUUUAUCAUACAAGUGCUCUACCACCACUCACUUCCAUUCGUAACUCUUUGGGGCUUAAUGAAGGAAACGCAGAUAUCUGUGUGUCCCCCCCCCAUAAGAGGCCGUCUGUUUGGAAUCACCUUAAAUUUCUGUAUUUUCAUCAGUUUGAGAGAAUGUGCACGCAACAUGCAGGAGAAAGAGCUCUCUCCAAUUAGGGUCCAGUUAAGCUGAGUUUUUUCAACAUCACUUUUCAUUUGUGGAUGUAAUAUCAGAAUCUCCCUGUGACAGGGCACAACUUAAAAUAUUUCUAUUUUAUGUUUGGACUGAAAAUCAAUUUGAACUGUGCAGAAUAUAUGUGGAAAUUAGAGGCUGUUAGAAAGCUGGUUCAGGUUCUCUUAGAGGAGGGAGAAUUUAAUUUGGAUAUAUUAUUGCAUAAUGUAUCUUUUCACAAGAAUAGGAUGCUUUUUCACAGGAAAAAAAUCACAGUAUGUCAAAACCAUUAACUGUUUAUGGCUGGAAAAGGAUAUUAAGUUUUCACAACUGCUGCUUCUGUUCUGCAGCCUGCCUUCGUACUCUAAAGCUGCUGUCUUAAGUGGGACAAGUCUCAGUAACUGAGCAGAACUUACUCUGGAGAUGUUUUUAAGAUUGCACUGUACAACUGCAAUUGUACGAAUGGUCUGGGAAAAAAAUGCCGGUGAUCGUUCUCAGUAGACUUGAACUGGAUCUGGCAGCAGCAGGAAAAAAGACCAGUUACUUUGUUCUAACUUUUGAUGGGUUUGGGAGAAACAAUCAUAGUUCAGUGGUAAAAGGCCUGUUUUAUAUGCAGAAGGUUGGGAAUUCAGCACCCAGUAGCUGCAGUUGGAAACCUGUAGACAGUCAGUGUAAAUAAUACUCGGUAGAACUAAUAUUCCAAUUUGGCCCAUGGCUGUUUCCUGCCCCCUAUCUUUGCAGCAACAUGUCCCUGAUUUCAGGAAAAGCUAUCUGAGGGACAUAGCUUGAACAACCAUGAUUUUGUUAGCCCUUUUCUGUUAUGUAGAUUAUGAAGUAAAUGCUGCAUAUAAUGAAAUACACUGAUUAGGAGUCAGAAAGGUGGUUAUUGUUACUACUGAAAGCAGAGAGAGAGAGCUGUUCUGCUAAAUUAGUUUAUUUUUGUUGCCCUGGAUUUGAGUUUUACUUUAUUUUAUUAAAGGUAAUAAAAGAAAAUGGAAUAUAUGUACCAACUAAUUACCAGUGGUGUGCUGCCUUUAGGAAAAGAGAAAACCAUCC